AUUUACUCAAUCGAAGGUAUUGCUGCGAUAAUGCACUUCAUCUCAAAGUCCCAGUACCACAAACAAUAUUUUGAUUGAUUUAUUAUUUUUAUUGCUAUUUCUUUUAUUUGUUGUGAGAGGGAGAGUUUCAUCAUCAGAAAGAAGACGUGAAUGAAUGAAAUCUGCUGAUGUCAGCAGUGUAGCUGCUGUGACUGGCCAAUCACGGCAUCGCUAAUUACAGUUUGAGGUGCGCAGGAAACGAGAGUGUGUGCAAGUUCCAGACGAAGCAAUUCUGUGAGAGAGAGAUCGGCUGAGUUCCAGCGUCGACUGCUCUUUCCGAUCUCUGACGAACCUGACGCGCGCGCUCGCCACUCGCGUGGAAGACCGCUCGCGAACGUCAGCCCCGCCCUCUUUUGACGCCGUCUCGUGACGCCGCCUGCCAGCAGCCAAUCAGCGUUACUAUUGAUCCUCGUGUAAAUGUUUGAGUCGAUAAUUAGCGCGUGGGCAAAUCUCGCUUAUUAAAUUAAUUACUGACGAUAUCUUGAUGGUCUGCAGCGGGAGAAGAGGACGCCAUGACGAGAGAGAGAAGAGGGACAGGAAGGGGACGGUUACUCCGGGAGGUGUGACCGAGCCGGCGAAAAUGGACAACUCCCUGUCUCGCCCCGGCGUUGAAGAGGCGAACAAGGGGGAGGGCACUAAAGAAAGACAUUAAAGGAAAGUGGGGGAUGGGGGGAGGAAGAGAAUACUAGGGGGGAUGGGAGGUACUGCGUCGACCCAGGAGGCGGUGGGUGUGAGAAUGUCGGAAGGCGUUGAAACAAAUAGCGGCGCUAAGUGAUUAACUCGGCACUUGUCGCCUAACUCCGGAGAGAUUCGGCAUUUGCCGCCUCUGACCGGCAACCUUCGGAGGUUCACGCCUGGCGGUUUUGAGGGGGAAAACGCGCGAUUCUGUCGCCUAGCUUUUCAGACAAGCUGACAGAUAUUUGCCGCACAUUUGGAAACAGCGUCAAGAAUUUGUCAGCCACAGUUUCUUUCUAACGACGUUUACCGGACCAAUCGCUGUGGUCCAUCCCCCGAUUUUCAAGCGACGACCGCACAGUUUCGAAAAGUGGACAGUUGUGUAGCAUCCAUUCUCUCGUGGCUAUUGAAACAAAUUGGCGAGGCUUGUGAAUGAAUAAUUUUAUUUUUCUAAUGAUGAUGCCAAGGUAGUAGUCUUUUCUGCUGGAACUAGUUCUAAGGCAUUAGAGAUGAAGAAAACAAACCAUAGUCCACAAUUUUAUGACAUCCGAAACUACCACGGAUUUGGCGUUAAAUAUUAUUCAUAGGCGAAGGAAAACAAGACAGACAUCAAAGGACAGCCAACAUCAAGCGUCAUUGAUCUAUGAACUUGAAAUCUGCUUCCAUCUUCAUCACCGACAGUCGAAGACACAAAAACUACAUUGUGUGUAGCUAAGCUUGUCAUCGACGGUAUUCCUUUAGUCUACUGAUUUCUUCUGGUCUGGAAGACUCUUUUGACCAGAGGGAGACAAUUGUGUGGCAGCGAGGACGUGACCAGAAGACUUUAUUGCCAGUCAAUCAUUUUGGAGGAAUGGCAUGUGAGUAACUUGCCUGAGAAAUGGAAUUUGUCGCCAUCAUAACAAACAGCAGAAUAAAGAUAACUGGAGAGUGCUGCUUCUGAUGACAGUGAAACCUCUCUCUCAAUCAUGGAUUACAAAGAAGACAUUUGACUCUUUUAACACGGAGGCAAGAUCGACUCCUACGGCUUACAGCAAUGUAAAAAAAAAUAGUCAACACAUUUGAUCUGAAAGUCAAAAAGUGCUAAUUUUUUUAAGAAAAAAUCGAGAGAGGGAACUUUCAAUCAAGCUUACGUUGCAAAUAUCUUUUGAUGAUGAAAAGAGAUUGACAUUUUUUUCUGUGAACUGUGAUAUUAAUUUAACACGGGAAAAGCGACCAAGAACGAAAGUGCUAGAAAUAAAGACACUGGUGCAAGUCACAGAAUGGAACGCCUCACGGAGUUUGUGAACAAAUCGUUCGAGGAAUCAAGGAGUAGCGUGGGCAGGUGUGACAAAGAGUCAUCUCCCUUCUGCAGGUAUGCGUCGUCACCAGUUGCCAACGACGACGAGCACGUGGAUGUGUGCGACAUCAAAGACGAGGAGGUAACCGUCGAUGAUGAUGAUGACGAUGACGACGACGACAGAGGCGAUGACUUCGAUGAGGUCGAUGAAAAGAAUGACGAGAAACAUACAGGAUUUAAUGAAGCCGCGACAAGCGUCUUCUCAAGAGAGGCAGCAGCAGAUUCUCCACCUCACAGUUCGGACUCGACCUCGGAAGCCAAAGACUUGACGAAACCCAAGCGCACAGACAAAGACAGCAUCAGCAGCAUCAGCAGCAGCGACAAGGAGCCGGACCUCGUCACCAGGGAAGGGAUCAAGGACGGGGAUGAGGACGGGGGCGAAGAGGAGGCCCCAAAGGUCAAGCAGCGGCGCAGCAGGACCAACUUCACCCUGGAGCAGCUCAACGAGCUGGAGCGGCUUUUCGACGAGACGCACUACCCGGACGCCUUCAUGAGAGAGGAGCUGAGUCAGCGACUGGGGCUGUCAGAAGCGCGCGUGCAGGUGUGGUUCCAAAAUCGACGUGCAAAAUGCAGAAAACAGGAAAGUCAGAUGCAGAAAGCUGGCAUCUUGCUGCAGUCACCAGGCACGCCGCUGGAUCCUUGCCGGGUACCCUCCUUUGUCGGCCUACCCGGCGUGGCCCGAGAAGCUCUGGAACGUGUUCCCUUCCCACCGAUCUACCCCUACUACCCCUUCCACCCUGCCGCCGCUGCUGCUGCAGCCGCUGCCGUCGCCACGCAACAUCCCGUGCAUCCCAUGAUCCUCUUCCACCACCACAUGGCGGCGCUGAACUACUCCGCAGCCGCUGCGUCACUUCCGGAAAGCAGCUUCCGGUCGUCGAAGAAUGGAAGCAUCGCCGACUUGAGAUUGAAAGCCAGACAACAUUUGGCGAGUCUGGGAAUGUGAUAAUCAGCCGAACAGUUUUUGAACAUUCGUAUUUAAAAAAAAGUGUUGUUUACGUUGUCGGCGUACGUUGUUUCGCUCUGACGUCAGCGGACCGUGACACUGAUCUGUUGUGUGUGAUUUGAUUUACCACUGGUCUUAGUUCUUCAGCUCAUUGCUUCCAACGCAUCCUUCGGUUAGACAAAUAAAAGAAAAUUCGUUAUAAGAAAAGAA